UUUAAAUCUCGCAUAGACCGGUCAAUCGAGUGCUGGAGUGGAUUAAACGUUGUGGCGUAUUAAAAUGUCUAAAUUAUUCCUAUUGUGUUUAGUGGCUAUAUGCGCUGUUCUGGUUGAAGGCAAUGCCUUCUCAACCCAAGAGUUCCUGCGAGCGGCCGCCAACGGGGACUUCAAUACACUACGAAAAUUGAUCAAUCCCGCUGUUGGUCUUGAUGACUGGUCGGGUUUCGGACCGGAUCUAAGUGGUAGCGUAGCCAGUCUAAAACCAGGACCUGAUACACAUGUAUACGGACAAGCAGAAUCAAGUUAUGUCUCAUAUUCGAAUGAUAACGGACGCGUUUCCAAGAAAAGCGGAGGUUUUGGAGUAGUUAAUAAGGAUGGCGAAGUUUCAACUUACAAAUUCACCCCAAAGGAUAUAUUCGGAUCUACUGAGAGUAAUAAUAACUACGACCAGCAAUAACGUGACAACGUGUGUUUGCUAAUAUAAACGUACAGGCGUUCAAAAUUAGAUCCAUAAAUAUUUAUACAACGUUGUGAAGGUUUGGAGCUCCCAUUGAAAAGAAAACACUCUAAAACUAGAAUGCUACAUUGCCUAUUGUGAGAUAAAUCCUAAAAUUCAAGAAAAAGGGGAACCAAAGACAAAAUCUUUCUGUAUCAAAAAGUCGUAUGUCCGCGAUACUAUACAAUACAAAUUACGGAUUAUUAUUGUCAUAAUAAUUAUAUCAUAAUUUUUUAUAUAACUAGUAUAUUUAGUAUCUUGUUUGUAGUUUUAACAAUUGUUUAUAGUCAUUGUAUUAAUUGUAGUAAAUUAUUAUUAAAGAUUAAAUUAGUUAUUCGUCUCGA